AUGUGUAACACCUACUACAACACUGCAACACUUACCACUGUAACAACUACUGGAGCACCUACCACUGUAACAACUACUGCAGCACCGACUACUGUAACAACGACUGCAGCACUCACGACUGUAACAACUACUGCAGCACCGACUACUGUAACAACUACUGCAGCACCGACUACUGUAACAACUACUGCAGCACCUACUACUGUAACAACGACUACAACUACUGCAGCACCGACUACUGUAACAACAACUGCAGCACCUACCACUGUAACAACUACUGCAGCACCUACCACUGUAACAACGACUGCAACACUAACUACUGUAACAACGCCCUUAGCACCUACCACUGUAACAACUACUGCAACACCUACCACUGCAACAACUACUGCAACACCUACCACUGUGACGACUACUGCAACAUCUACCACUGUAACAACUACUGCAACACCUACCACCGCAAUAACGGCUGCAACACCUACUACUGUAGCAACGCCCUUGGCACCUACCACUGUAACACCUAUUGCAACACCUAACACUGCAACAACGGCUGCAACACCUACUACUGUAACAACGCCCUUAGCACCUACCACUGUAACAACUACUGCAACACCUACCACAGUAACAACUACUGCAACACCUACCACUGUAACAACGCCCUUAGCACCUACCACUCUUACAACUACUGCAACACCCACCACUACAACAACGGCUGCGGCACCUACCACUCUUACAACUACUGCAACACCCACCACUACAACAACGGCUGCGGCACCUACCACUCUAACAACUACUGCAGUACCUACCACAGUUACGACUAGUGUACUGACUACGACUAUAGCAACUACUGCAGCACCUACCACUGCGAGUACUGCGAUGGCGACGUCAGGAGCAGAUUCCUGUGUGUCGGACUGUGCUGGUCUACAAGGAAGCUUCCACUCCUGUGGGGGAGGAUGUGAUCACUAUGUAGUGUGCUCAGUGAACGGUGCCUUUCCAAACAUCUGCCCGCCAGGAACGCUGUGGGACGAUAAGUCCAAGUUUUGUAAUUUCCCCCCAUCACCAACAUGCAGUUAGAUGCUCAGAUGCUGCCUUAGUACACGCAUUGCGAUUCUUUAACACAAUGCAACCACUCUGUAUUAACAUUUCCCAAAACAUAAGGAUGACUUCGUCAGAGGACAUCUGACAGUGGCAGCCUUUCAAAGAGUUACAACACAUACUGUAAAAUAGGCUCAAAAUAUACUUCAAGAAAUUUCGUUUUUUAAGACAACAUCAUUCUUCAAUCGUUCAAAACCAGUUUCUCCGUUCCAUCCUUUGCGCUUGAUGAACUCGGCUGAUACGGAAGCUGCAGGUUCAUACUCAUAACCUCCCCCGGACCAGUGAUGUGUGUGACUGGAGAUAGUUAUGGCAGGAAAGUUCUGGUUGACUGAAUGAAAAGGAUGCACAUAUUUGUGGCUUCACUCUUCCAUGUAAUGGAUUAAUACACAUUUGCUUUUCACUGUUUUGUAAAUUAAGAAUGAAGACUAUAAAUUGUUUUGUUCGUAA